CUAGGCCCCAAAUACUUCUCUUUGUUUUUAAAAAUAAGAAAGAAAAUGAUAAUUAAGUAAAAAAGGAUGCUCUGUCCAGCAAAAUACAUUAUUGUUUGGUUAACAAGGAGCUGGGAUGUCACGGAUUGAGAAAAACGACGGGCUGGGUUUUGUGUCAAAAAAUUUUUGGGUCUCAAGUUUCAGGACAAGUCAGUUAGGGGGUUACGAUGGAAGUUGGGUCGGAUUUGGAUCGAAGAAGUCCAAGUCUCGCGUAGUAGGUUUUGAGUAACUCGUGACAUCCUUGACGGGAACCUUUAUUUUUUUGAUUGACUGAAUUUUCCAAAAAUAUUUUUUAUUUUCUCCUCCAAUUUUGUUUUUAGU